AUGGGAUUCAUGCCCAAUUCACCGAUCUUUCUUGACUAUGGAGAGUUUUUCAUGAAUAGUAGCAAUAUUCUUUCAGUUCCGUACCAAAAUGUCACCGCUGCUUUCGAGUCACCUGUUGCCUUCAAUUUCACUGCGGUAGAUGGCUUCGACUGGACGCAACCGUAUCCCGGUUCCAGCAGAAAUGACCAUAGUGUAUACCUCGAGAUCGCCCAGGAAAUGGCUCUGUCUGAGUCUAUCGUGGAAAAUGCAACAACCGUUCUCUCGUCUUUGACAUUUGGUCUUCCUGAUGGCAUGAGCUCUCGGGGCCAGCCACUGGCCAUGGACCCUUCAUGGUAUAUAUGUCGUCAUGUAUUCAUAUCUACCAAGCCCGAAGCGAAGCUUGCCGUUGACGGGGGAAGCAAGUGUGACUUCCUGUCCGAGACAUGUCAGGCUGAUCUCAAAGCUAGCCUGACUCAAGAUUGGGGGAAUGCGGCCGACGGAACCAUGUGCUCGGCGCUGGGCUUCGACCCCAUACCACCAAGUUGUCAGGAUUCCUUUGGUUUUGCUCGCCAGGACGUCAUGGCUUUUGACGCUGCCUUCCUUGCCAAUACAACCCUAGCACCAGCGCAGACCAGUAAGGAACAGCAGCAGUAUAGCUGGCGUAUCGGCACUGGAUACCACGACCCCCGCGAUGCUAGUGCCUACGCCUUGGCUGCCAACCGAACAUAUCUUAUUGCUACCGUCUGGGGCUACAGCCAAGAUUCGAAAUUAGUUCAAGUGCCUGAAGUCUCCUUCAGUUGCCUCUCGUCCGGUGCAAGCUAUGUCCCACCGUCCCCUGCCUCUCCGCCGUCCACGACAACCACAACCACAACUACAACAACAUCUUCUUCUUCCAUUUCAAGUCCGACCCAGACGUCAAUUAGCAGCAAUUCUGCCUUCAAGGACGAUUUUUCCAGCGGUUCCAUGGCCCAGUGGACGACUUAUGACGGGUCUUUUGCCGCGUCCUCCGGUGCAUUGGUUGGGAGCAAUUCCUUUGGGGGCAAGGCUCUUAUAAACUCUAACUAUGGGAACUUUCUCUACGAAGUUGAUGUGACACUACCAUCGACUUCAGGUAAUGCAGGCCUAAUAUUCCGCGUGACCAAUCCAAGCAAUGGUGCAGACGCCUACAAUGGCUACUAUGUAGGUAUUUCUACCUCCGGCACUUUUGUUGGCCGCGCGAGCAACAGCUGGACGUCGCUUGGUAGUGCGUCAGUUGACCUAGCUAUCAAUCAGCCGCACCAUGUCAAAGUUGAGGUAGUUGAUACAAUGCUUAAUGUUUUUGUGGAUGACAUGAAUCAUGUUCUGGUCAGCGUCACGGAUGGCACGUAUACCAGCGGAAUGAAUGGUGUGAGAGUCUAUGGUACCGACGCUACAUUUGAUAAUAUUCAAAUCAAUCCGCUCAUAUUUGGGGAUGACUUCUCAAGUGGUACCAUGGACAAAUGGACUACUAUUGACGGCCAGUACCAAGUCUCUUCAAAUAGAACUGUGCUUACCGCCUCGCCUGCUGCCAAAGCCGUAACUACCGGCGUCACGUCUGACAAUAUUAUCUACGAGGCUGACAUCUCAAUCGACUCCAGUCCUAAUGGUAACGGCGGGUUGAUAUUCCGCGUAUCCAAUGCCAGACCAGGAGCAGAUACCUACAAUGGGUACUACGUUGGUAUCGGUCUUGGAUAUGUUGUGUUUGGCUUUGCAAACACUAAUUGGAAUGAGAUUCAGAGGGCUGAUGCUGCGGAUAUAAAUGCAGGACAAACGUAUCAUUUGAUGGUCCAGACAUCAGGAGAUACAGUUUCUAUAUUUGUAGAUGACUUGAAUACUCCGAGAAUGGUGGUGAAGGAUGAUACCUAUACUACUGGUCUCAGUGGUCUUAGGGCCUACACGACAACCAUGUCCGUGAGCAACUUGAGGAUCUACGCAGCUUAA